UAUUGAAACAUUAAAGAACGAAAAUAGAUGUACAAGACAAAAUGUAUUUUAUAUAAUAGUUUUUAACUUGCACUUAGAAAGGUUCUAAGAGAAUUUAUCCCGAAAAUUGCUAACAAAUGACAUACAUUAAAUAAUAUUAACAUGGUUUAAACUACAGAAUUUUAUAGUACUCGUACAGUAUUCCUAAGUUAACCUAAGAUCAAAAAAUUUAUAUUUUUGUAGACACUAGAGACUAGACAAAUGGAAUUGAAGAUCAAUAUUGAAUUUCAAUUUCUAUAGAUUUUAAUGUAAUUUUUUUUUUUUCGAGUACUCCCGACUCCAGACAGUAGACACCCCAGUUAGUACUUACUACUUAGUAACACGAAAAAAAUAUAUAUUUUGUCGAGCUUAAUAGUUAUCAUUUUUGUAGUAUGUACUAAUGUACUAUGUAGGACGACUAGGAGUUAGGACGUCCGACGUGGGACGUAUAUUAUCAGUUAACACGGUUUUAAAGGUUGUUCAAAUCGAGAGAAAAAAUCUCAACAAAAAAAUUAGUAUUUAUUAUAUAACAUAAAUACCAAUUACUAGACCAUAAUAUUAGUAAAUUAAUAAUUAUUAUAAAUAAUAUAGUUAUUUUUAAUCAACGACAUUUAAAUUUAAAAUACUUAUUAUGUAUACAUCGAACUAAUGAAUGAGCUAAAGAAUGGAUGUUAUCAUCCGUAAACCGGGAACGGCGUAAACAUUUUGGCGGUAAGCGCAGUGACCAUAGAUAUCGUAACCGCCUGAGAUACCAUAGAACGUGUUGUUGUUUAUGUUUAUGACAGUCCUUGGUACAACGCUAUUGCCAUGACACUUUUCAUUUGAAAUUUAACGUUUGAAUUGGCUGGUUGUGCGUAUUACUGAUCAGUAUAACUAUAUAGUGACUUUUAUUGUGCAUUUGUGUGACCGAAAGAAUUAGUAGUUGCUUAACGAUUACUAUUAGUGAAUUUCGACAUCAAUUGUUUGUGUUUUUUUUAUUGCGUUCGGUUGUUUUGUUCGUUUAAACAAACGGUGUUAUUGUCUUGACGCGUACCGCUGUUCUCGUAUCAUCAACAAACUGUAAAUCGAUUUUUAAUGAUGGAUAACCAGAGAGCAACGUCGAGCUCGGCAUUUCAACCGCAACAGAUUGCACAACCGGCAAUCGAAACAUUACUAUUCAAUGAUAUUAUUGAAGAGAAGAGUCUAAUCUUACGCGAUUUGAUGGAUCAAUUUUUGCAAGUACAUUCUUUCAGUAGAUUUGAAUCCGAAUUCAAUUUAUUCACGAGGCGCAUUAAACACAUUGCGAGGGAUGGACAGCGCAAUGGCGCAAACUUGACACGUCACACAAUGCAGAUGCCUUCAGAAAAUGGCGCUCAAACAGAAAAUGGCUGGUCACGAGAAAACAAUCGGCAACAUUUUGAACCGUCAAAUGCAUUUCAACGACCAGUGGCUGCCGAACAUAAAUCCAAAACAACAUUGACUCAAAAUGACAAAUUGAAAAAUAUUCCUAGUACAACAACUAACUCAUGUGAUACAAUUAUUGAAGAAAGCAUAAUUAAUAAUUGUUCUGCUCAAAAAAAUACUACACAAUCAGAAGAAUUCCUGCCACCGACAGCGUCAAUACCAUGCUCUGAGUCAUUACAAAAUGAUAAUGCAUCACCUACCUCGUUCAAUAAUGCUAAUGCUGACAAUGCAAUGGAAUGUGAUUCUGAAUUAGUUGAAUCUGUUAAGAUACCAAGUAACAGUGACAACACCAGCACAUCUCAACUUAAUCAAAGUUGGCUUAAUUGUUCUGAAAAAAGUAAAGUUAAGUACUUAUCCAAGUGGUCGGUGAACGUAAAGCAAAUUAAAUCAAAUAAAGGCAAUUCAAAAUCAUUCAUCUCAUUAUCAGGUACUUUAUUAGCAGCAGAUCAAAUCACAGUAUUGAAAAAAGUUCAUAAAGCUGGUAUUUUGGUAGUUCGAAAAACCAAAAACAUUGUCAAAACAGAAAAAGGAUUUUACCAUCUAAUUGGUCCAAUCAUUGAAGGAUCUCCACAUGAUUUGGUUCGUGCAUGUGUAGAAAUAAAUGGUAUUCCGAAGGCUUGGAGGAAUAUUUUAACAAAAUUGUCGGGAGAAGUUGAAGUAAAUCUCAAUGAGAGUAUGACUAGAAAAGGCACAAUCUAUAACAAAGAAAAAAAAGCUAGUAUUGAUUCUUCCGGAACAAAAGAACUUCUUGAAAAUGAUAUCCAUGGUCUCGAUAGUGAUAUUCGUCAACAAUUGUCGCAACUAUCAACAUCCACAAAAAUGAAAUCAUUUGAAUGUCAUACUCCAAGUCAACUUUUAAGGAACAGAUUUCAUCGAAAGUUUGUUAAAGCUUGCUUAAUCAUUGGCAGUCAAGAAAGUAUAGAUGAUCAAUGAAUAGUUUCAACAAAAAUUGAAACAACAAAAUUUUAAAUGGUGCCUU